GUGAAGUAAAUCAUUGUAUCAGAUUGAGACGGGGGAAAGCAGCGAGCGACUGGUCGGCAAAGCAAUUCUGCUCCGCGAAACGCUGACAAAUCCGACUGCUAGCCGCAUACAUUGCAGGGAUGGCAGCCAUCCGUAAGAAGCUGGUGAUAGUGGGAGAUGGAGCUUGUGGAAAGACCUGCCUUCUGAUUGUCUUCAGCAAGGACCAGUUCCCUGAGGUCUACGUCCCCACCGUGUUCGAGAACUACGUUGCUGACAUAGAGGUGGAUGGCAAACAGGUGGAGUUGGCUCUCUGGGAUACUGCGGGUCAGGAAGACUAUGACCGGCUUAGACCUCUCUCUUAUCCAGACACUGACGUCAUCCUCAUGUGCUUUUCCAUAGACAGCCCUGACAGCUUGGAAAACAUUCCAGAGAAGUGGACCCCAGAGGUCAAACACUUCUGUCCCAACGUUCCCAUCAUCCUGGUAGGAAACAAAAAAGACCUGCGCAACGAUGAGCACACGCGCCGAGAGCUGGCCAAGAUGAAACAGGAGCCAGUGAAGUCAGAGGAGGGCCGGGACAUGGCUGGCCGGAUUGCAGCUUUCGGUUACAUGGAGUGCUCCGCUAAGACCAAGGACGGCGUGCGGGAGGUGUUUGAGAUGGCCACCAGGGCGGCUCUGCAGGCCCGCCGCGGAAAGAAGAGCAAUAAAUGUGUAGUGCUGUAAAAUGGCCGACAUAUUUGGACUGUUUUCACCCUGGGCUACAGUACCCAGUAGCUAGGGCUCGGGAGGGACGGUGGGAUUACUAGAUGGGAGAGGGAGGGGGGGAGAAGAAAAGAGUGCAGUAAAUGACUACCGCUGUAAAAUGGCUGUUUGUUGGACUGAAUUUACCCUGGGACUUGGGUUUGGGAUGCUUUGUUGGGGGGGGGGGGUUGGGUGACUACCGCUGUAAACCAUUGGGCUCUUUUCCUGUGGGGUUUCUAUAAAUUUGGGAAAUUUACACCAGCCGAACGCUGGUACAUUUUGUCUUUUCAACAAGCCACUUACACUGAUAAAGAUCAUUAGGAGAUCCUGGUCCUUUAUACAAAUCUAGCUGAUUGGUAACACUGAUAAAGUUGCUGGUGAAUUAUUGGAUGUUCCAGACUGUUCAGUAUAGACAACAACAAAAAAGGUUUAGUUUCCUGCCUAAAUGACUUGAUGGAUGGAUGGGGGGGACAGACAGCACAGUAAAUGAGUACCACUGUAAAUGGCCACCAGUGGACUAUUUAUCCCCAGUAAUAUUUAUACCCUAGAAGUAGGCAUGGGGCGGUGGGGAGUUAGACAGGUGGAGGGAUGGGAAGACUGAAGCCUGGGUGUGACCGUGAUGAGACUGUAUACCAAACCAGUGCAAAUUGUGCGGUGUUUAUAGUUUUGCACAUUCAGCCUACUUGUUAUGUGCUGUAGUUACCUGGGCCCCAAAGUAGACCAAUCACCAGUAAACUAUUAUUCUCAUGCUGCUCAAAAUGGUGCUCGAAACAGGUUCAAGGUUGAUUUUCAAUUCAAUAACAAAAACCAGACCUUUUUGUUGUAAAAUGUGGCAUUCAGAAAAGUUGAUCCUGAUUGGGUUGUUGUAGCCACACUAUUCAACAAGUGGUCACAUGCUCGGGUCUUAUGUGUGGUAUUAUCAGAGCGGCGUGGAGCUACAUGCUCACAUGUCCAGCUCCGUGUCAGUUAGUCUCACUGUGGCUAAUCCUGUGCUCAAAGAUUCACAGAGACAAACACGUUGAGCUGUACUCUUACUGAGAUGAUCUGUUACAGCCACCUAAUAGUGAGCGCUCUAUUUUUUUGCAGAUAAGCUGCAGCUAAGUGCACAGGUUGAAUUGAAAGAAAAUGCCCACAGCACUGGUUUUUAAUGUAAAAACGAUCAUUGCCACCUGUAUUCCAGUUGCUGCUUUAAAUGUUGGGCAUCUUACUAUAGCAGUGUUGUAGCGGACAGCGUGAAGUUUAGUUCCUUCCAGAGGAGCAGCAUUGUGAUACGGUCAGCAUCAAGGCUGGACUAAAAGUACCCACGUGCUGGUGAAUCUCUACUGAGGUUGGCUGGUCUACUCCAGGAGGCGAUCAGCUGAAGGUUCUGAAACGUCAAGCGUUGGUCGGAGUGACUCGGUGGAAGGGGGGGGCAGGUAAAUUGUGGUCCUGCUGGAUGACAAAGUUAGCUUCCUGCCCUGCAUAGAUACAACCAGAGUAAACUCUUGCCAAUGCUCAGCUCCCAUCCCUUCCUGCUCCACAUAGCUGACUGCUGGUGCUCAACUUCCCCUGGUUUUAGACCAGGACAAAGAACAAGGAGAGGAGAGUAUUGUGUUUACAUGCACACCACUGACAUCCUUAUUGGGGAUGAACAACUAUUCAUUUUUUUUGUGUAGGCAUGUAUAAAAGUCAGAUGUACAAUAACCAGAACUAGUUAAUGUUUGAGGGGGAAAAAAAGGUGCCUGUGAUAUACCACGUUAUCCACCGUAUACAUGUCUGCCUUUUACUGGUUAACUGUUGGUUUAACAGUUCAUCUUAAAAAGACAAACAUCACACACGUGACAUGACCUUUUUGUACUGUGCAUGGGAAUGCCAGAAUUGUCAGGUUGGCUAGCUUGAUAUAUUUUGGGGGUAAAACAUGCUGGUAAUCAGUAGCUGUCAGAGUGAGAAUUAACUGCCUGCUGUCUGUUGGACAUUUUUUCAUUUUGGGGUAUUUUUUAUUUUUUGGAGGACUUUCCAUUCUAACUAGGGUAAGGGUGGCCAGUCAUAUUUGGGAUUUUUCAGCCACCAGCCUCCCCUGACUGAAGUUGAACCCUCCUGUUCUUCUUCCUGGCCUACAGGGAGCAGCCUGUUCCAGAAACUUGGUCUUGUGUUGUUGUUUUUAUACUUAAUGUUCUGCUUUAAAAAAAAAUCAUAAAUAUGUUGUCUAUCAGUAUUUAAAAUAGGAGGUGUAAGACUAUGGGACUGCUUAUGUGUCGUUGCUUUAGUUCAUUCUUCUUUUGUGCUUUAACUGAAUUUUAUUUCUGAUGAUUAACAAUUGGUUGUAACGACCCGUCAAUCAUCCCUGCCAAAUGCUGUUGUUAGGCAGUCAGGAGAAAGGCUGGCCCCUCGGCUGCCUGUCUAGAGCAUCGCCGGCUCUUUUUCUGUUCUUUGUUUUGAACACAAACUUGGCUUAAAAGACAAAAGGAAAAACUAUGUAAGUUUCCUUAUUAUGUACACAUUUUUAUUUCUACUUUUUAUUGUAUUUUUAAAUCCUAAUUUUGGAUGCUGAAGCAAUGACUUAAACAAAAGAACCGGAAAACCAAGCUGUAUGCAAAGUCUGUAAAUAUAAAAUGUGGGUUUGUUCAUACUAGACUACACACGCGCACAGGACUGGAAACUAUUUGUAAACUAGCUUUGGUUUGUGUAAUAAAUUACUUUCUAUAACA